AUGGAUUCCGGAGGAACGCCACGCCCCCCUUCCUCACCCACCCCAUCACCAACCUCAACAUCACCCUCACCCACCCCCUUCUUUGUUGCCCGCGACUGGGUGAAGAAGUACUUCGUCAAGGCCAAUCCCACGUUCGACCUUUCCAGCCUGAACUCAAGCACACUGCGCAAGUUGUUCGCUGAAUCCGUAGACAAGUUCGCCAGUGUGAUCGCCUCCUCGGACCCAGACCUCUCCGGCUUCCGCAACCCCGGCGGCAAGCUGUUGGUCUGGCACGGCGGGGCCGACGGCCAAGACGCGUUUUGCCGGGAAGCUAUGCCGCUAUCCGUUGGUCGCGAGGUAUGA